AUGAAGGCCGUCAUCUUCCUCUCUCUUCUCACCCUGGCCUCGGCCGCUCCCAAGAAAAAGGGACCACCUGUCGACCCGACAGUAGCUAACGAGUUUAACCUGGAUCACAAGGAUUCGGAGAAUUGCCCGGGCUUGCUACUUCUCUGGGCUCGCGGCACGGAUCAGGAAGGCAACAUGGGAGCAUCCCCCGGUCCACAGUUGGCCAAGAUGCUCAAAGAAGAAUUCAACCUCGCCCAGAUCCAGGGUAUCAACUACCCAGCCUGCGUCGAAGACGUUCUCCUUCCCAAGGGAACCACCGAGGCCGCCAUCGCCAAUAUGACGGAUUAUGUCCAACAGGUCUGGGAGAACAAGAAAUGCCCGUACACUCCUGUUAUCCUGGGCGGCUACAGCCAGGGCGCCGCCGUCGUACAUGGUGCUGUCGAUCAGCUAUCAGAAAAGCACUUCUGGCAUGUCAAGGGCGUUGUCACCUUUGGUGACACCCGAAAGACGAUCGAUGGGGGCAAAUUUGGCAAUCUUGAACCGGUCAGGAGCCUCAACAUUUGCAACGACGGUGAUACCAUUUGCACCAACGGCACCAUGGAGAUCACAGAUGCCCACUCAGACUACGCGAAACAUGUCCAAAAGGCUUACGACCACAUCUGCAAAGUGGUCCACAUGAAACCGGCCAAAGGAAAAAAGCAGACGUGGAGAGAAACUGAACAUUAA